AUGGCUGAGAACAAUGCCACGAUCGUUUGCGUUGAGUGUAAAGAGCGUGGUGGUGACCUCAACAUCCGGAACAGACGUCUGUGCGUCGAGUGUUUUAGUCGGUAUGUUAACUCGAAGGCUCUGAAACGCAUGGAGUCCUACCGGUUUAAAACACUUGAGGGAGAUCAAAAGCGUCGGCUUCUCGUACCUCUGUCUGGAGGUGUCUCCUCCUUGGUGCUGCUUCAAGUUCUAGACACCCAGCUCCAGCGACAGAUUGCAAACAGGAACAAGACUGCCUACGAAUUGAUCAUUGCUCAUGUCGUACUUCCAGGCCAAUCUGCGUCUGCUUUCAAGGACCAACAUCUUACUCAACUGGCUCAAAGAUUCCCGAGUCAUAAAUUCCUCCCCAGCUUUGCACUCGCUACAGCGUUGAGCUUCGAUGAGGCUAUUGGAGAGGACCUGAAGACUGUUGGGUGUGAGCGCCAUGACCAAGAGUCAGACCCCGACUUCUUCCAUCGCAUCAUAUCAGGUGCUACGUCGGUCACCACUCGUACUGACUUGCAGUCCAUCCUGCUUCAACGCUUGCUCGUGGCAAUAGCAAAAGCCCAUGAAUGCGAGAGCAUCAUCUGGGGUCAUUCAGACAGUCGCCUGGCUGCACUAACACUAGCUGAUGUUGCAAAGGGAAGAGGUGGGUCAGUUCCAUCGACAAUUGCUGAUGGCCUGUCACCUUUUGGGGUCAACUUCAAUCAUCCCCUUCGUGAUCUUUACAAGACCGAGCUUGAGAUUUAUGCUACCACACUACCAGAACCGCUCAUGGAGGCUAUGGCAGCUUCAGACGAUGCCCUUCUGCCUCCUACGAGCCUUCGAAACACCGCAAUUGAUACUUUAUUGACGGACUAUAUCAAUACGCAAGGUUUGAAGUACCCCAGUAUCAUGGCCAACGUGGUCCGCACAGGUGGUAAACUCGAAAUCCGACAAACCCAUAGCCUCUGUCGGCUUUGCGUACAGCCUAUCCUGAACAGUGGCAACCCAUCGCCAUCAGUGUCAACCCUAUGUUAUGGCUGUUUGCGAAUCAAACAAGACAUCAAACCUUGA